UCCGAAAGUUUAUAUGUAAGUUCCAGAUUUGCCAUAAUGUCAGAAUCUCCCAUAUCACCAUCUCAACCUCUUGAAGAUUCCUCGCCGAAGGCCCCGUUCUCUCGGCGAUCCAGACAAAAAGACCAAAUGGCCUGUGGAAACAGAGAUUUUGCAAUGGAGGCAGAGAAAGUGAACAAGAGUCCUAAGAAAUCAUCCCCAUCGGAGUCCGAAGAAGAUUCGGCCGACACAAACGAAUACGAGGAGGCAGAAUCAGAAUUCCAAGUUGCAGAUGGAGACGGUGUGGAAAACAGCACUGAAGCAGAGCUCACCAAGAUCCCUCUCAUGAGAGCUGUCGUUGAAGCCAAAGAUCCCUCCGCCAAGGAUGCAGAUGACUUGACGAUUAGGAGAUUCUUGCGUGCUCGUGACUUAGACAUAGAGAAGGCUUCAGCAAUGUUUCUCAAGUAUUUAAAAUGGAGACGAUCAUUUGUUCCAAAUGGUUUCAUUGCCCAAUCAGAGAUUACCAAUCAGUUGGCUCAUGAGAAGGUGUACAUGCAAGGAGUCGAUAAGAUUGGACGACCUAUAGCAGUUGUCUUUGGUGCAAAACAUUAUCAAGACUCUGACGGCUUCGAUGAAUUCAAAAGAUUGGUGACCUAUGUUCUUGAUAAAGUGAUUUCAAGGAUACCACCGGGACAAGAAAAGUUUGUAGCAAUUGCAGAUCUUGAAGGAUGGAGAUAUGCAAACAGUGAUGUUCGUGGAUAUCUAGCUGCUCUUUCUAUUUUACAGGAUUACUACCCAGAAAGACUGGGGAAGUUGUUUAUAGUGCAUGCGCCCUCCAUAUUUAUGACCGUUUGGAAGAUGAUAUACCCCUUCAUUGACAACAAGACCAAGAAGAAGAUAACCUUCGUGGAGAAGAGGAAGAUCAAAUCCACACUGAUGGAAGAAAUAGACGAAAGUCAAAUCCCAGAGAUAUAUGGAGGCCAACUUCCAUUAGUUCCGAUCCAGGAUAGCUAAUAAGCUAUUUUACUUACCACCAUAUGCUUGUCGUGUAUUUAAUUUUAUGAUUUGUAUUAUUUUCUUGCCCAAUUAAUGGCUCCCUAUGCUGUAUCAAAUGUUAUAUAGCAUUAGAAUUCCACAUUAUAAUGAGGUUAUAUUUCUAUAUAUUCAAUUUGCGACUGCCUUUCAUCUUUC